ACCAGAACCCUUUCUGCUCACUCCUCUCUCCUGUCCCUCGCUCUCGCCUCUUCAAGAUCCAUAAAAACCCUAGAAAGCUCCAACUCGAUCAAACGAGAGAGGUGAGAGAAAGUCACACGCCGGCCUCAACCUCCUUUCUCUCACCUGCCUCGCCGCCUAUCUCUCUCCGAUUCGAUACCAGGCUCAGAGAUUUUGAUCAGUCAUGGCAGCACCAGUGACGCAACUCCCAGUUCCAGCUGCUGAUGUUGUUGGCAAUGCUUUCGCCCAUCAGUACUACCAUAUAUUGCAGCAAUCCCCGGAUCUUGUUCACCGAUUCUACCAGGAUGGUAGUAAGUUUGGACGUCCUGGAGAGGAUGGGGUCAUGAGUACCGCUACUACCAUGAAUGCUAUUAAUGAGAAGAUACUUUCACUUGGAUAUGGUCAAGUCAGGGCAGAAAUUGUUACAGUUGAUUCACAAGAAUCUUACAAAGGCGGAGUUCUUGUGCUAGUGACUGGGUAUUUGAAUGCAAAUGACAGCUUGCGACAAAAAUUUACUCAGAGCUUCUUCCUGGCUCCUCAAGAAAAAGGCUAUUUUGUGCUGAAUGAUGUGUUUCGGUAUGUUGAUGACUCCACACACCAGAAUGGAAAUCAAGAGCCUGCCAGCAAUUUUGAAGCCCCACUCGCUUCUGACCAGGAUACCCCUCACACACAGCAAACUCACAUUUCUGAGCCAACAGUUGCUUUGUCUGAGGAAGUCAUUGGAGGGGAAGUGUACAAUCCCUCUGAAAGUGGGGAUGUUUCAGUUGAGGUAGAGGAAGAGGAAAGUGGGGAUGUUUCAGUUGAGGAAGAGGAAGAGGAAGAACCAAUGCCUGAGGUUGUUGAUGAAAUUCCUCCUGAUUCCCAGUUAGUGGCUGACUCCCAGGUUGUGGUCGAGUCUAGUGCUAAGAUUGAAGAUGUUCCGAAGAAGUCGUAUGCCUCCGUUGUGAAAGUUCCGAAGGAGUACACUGCACCUUUUUCGAGUCCUACCCCUUCUCCUCUGAGGUCUGCACCAAAAAUUCAAGAACAAGUGACUGCUGCAUUGUCUCAACCCCCAGCAGCCGAGUCACAUGUCUCCAGCUCUAAUACUAUUGAAAAUGGGAAUGCCCAAGAGAGUGAAGAGGGUCCUUCUAUCUACGUGAAAGGUCUGCCUUUAGAUGCCACAACUACCUUGCUUGAAAACGAGUUCAAGAAGUUUGGACCUAUUAGGAAUGGUGGCAUUCAAGUUAGAUUCCAAAAGGGAUUUUGUUUUGGCUUUGUGGAGUUUGAAGUGGCGAGUGCUGUGCAAAGUGCAUUAGAGGCUUCACCUGUUAUGAUUAAUGGAUCCCGUGUUGUUGUUGAGGAAAAGAGAUCUACUUCCCGAGGGAACAAUAGGGGGCGAUUUCCAUCUGGAUCAGGGGCUGGAUAUAAAAGCGAAGGAAUGAGAGGGCGUGGUAAUCUUGGAGGAAAAGUCUAUGGCAGGAUUGAAAGUGGUAACAGAACAGAGUUUGGAAACAGAGGUGGCAGUCGAGGCGGUGGAUAUUCAAAUCGUGGAGGCGAUGGAUAUGCAAAUCGUGGAGGUGGAGGCGAUGGAUAUGCAAAUCGUGGAGGUGAUGGGUAUUCAAACCGUGGAGGCGGAGGCGAUGGCUAUCGGAGAGCUGAUAAGAUGGGGAACAAUGGUGGUCGGGCAAACCGAACUGGUGGUUUAGGUCUUAACAGCACAGCCAAGACUACAGCGCCAAGAGUAUCUGCAACGGCUUGAAGAUCAGUGACUUGUGAAUUGUUGUGGAAUGGUCGAAGUUUCUGUUUUUAGUGAGAUAGUAUUAGGAGAGCGCUUACACUUCAAUGGAUGAGGUUUCUUGAAUUUUCUGAAGGGUUUUGUCCAUUUUUCCUUGGUAUUGAAUCGUUCUGGGUGGAUACUAGUAAAUCUUCUUGUCUGGUAUACUAAAUCUGAAAUGUCACUUAUUUCCCAUUUUUCCUUUGGUAUUGAAUGGUUCUUGAUGGAUGCUAGUAAA